CGGCAAUCAUUUACAACAAUUCGAUUAACGAUUCAAUCAAACAAAAUGGUGCGCAUGCUACGGAUACCUGAAGCCUGGAGAGGAGGGUUUCACAGGAGGGCAGAUCACCAAAACUCUCCUCAAGCCUGCAUCGCGCGCCCCCCGUGGAGCCACGAAAUCAGCCGCAUCUGCGGUGGUCCCAUAUCAGGUCAUUUCGGCCAACCAAUGGCCGCAUUGGCGGUACCCCGGGGCAGCCAAUCCAUUUCGGGUGAGGUUGACGAGACAGAGAGAGAGAGCGAACGUGACCUUGGGGGAACUCCCAUGACCUUGGGGGAACUCCCGUGACCUGAAGCAGAUUUCCGCAUCGCAUCUACGAAACGAUUGAAGCCGAUCGCGUACGGAGUACACCUAAGCUAAAGUUGACCCGGAGGCUUGGAAGUGAGGCAGGGGAGACGAGAGACAUUACGGAUACAACCAGCCAGUCCACAUCAGGCCACUUAUCUAGAGAGACCUCCCAAACCUCUGGGGGGAAAAGCAAUGAGGAAUUGAAAACGGGAAUGGGGGACAAGCUUUUUCGUGUGGCAUUUUUACUUCCCCCUCCUCGCCUUGCCGGCUUUCUGGGGGGCAGAUGGGCGGGUGCCACUUCAGGUCACAGGUGAGAGCAGGAAUCUGAGACAUAUGCAGCGUCCCUUUUUUUUCUUGUCCUCACUUGCGCUGGGCCACUGGCGGCCUGGCACUUCUUCCUCUCACUGUGAAUAAAGCCAGUUUUAUCCAUGCCUCUGGACGGUAGGACCGUUCGGCGCCGACUCGAAUCCUGGAGAGCUGCCGUGUCGCCGUGCCUGGCUUGGGGGGUUGGAUCGAUUCAUCAAUGGGUAUGCCGAUGGGGUUACCGCACCCGCUGUUCGAGGCCGAAAAGAGCUGCAAUUUCAUUUCCCGAGGAUUACAUCGGGCCUGUCAACUCAUCUUUUUUUUUCUCUUCGGC